CCAAUACACUUUUUUUUAUUUUAAUAUUUAACAAAUUUGAAGUUUUAUUUUUAAGAUUUGUUUUAAAUGGAAGAUUCUUUUAUAAUCAAAGAUGUUAGCGAACAGCCAAGUGCCUCGGACAGCUCUGCCACAGUCGCAGCACAUUCGAAAUCUAGUAUGCCAAAGUCUGCGGGUCUCAUACAGCUAAGCACCGAGACCUCUGAGGCACCCCAACUAGAGCUGCUGUGGGAUCAGUCAACGCUGCUAGAGCCGGACUCUGAGGAUGACUUGCGCAGGCUGAAGUCGGGCGUGGACCUUAAACCGAAGCUGUCCAAUAGCACCACUAACUCUAUAGAUAAGUUAGAACUGGAUGAGCGCAUUAAGCGGAAAUUUCAAUAUUUAGAGAAACCGAAUCAGAGCUCAAGUGACACAUCGGACUUGGAUGAGAAGUUAAGCUCUCAGUCUAGCUCCGAUAUUAAGACGGCAGAACCUUUCCUCAAGCAAUACAACAAGUCAACCUCGCUGCCAUAUAGCAGUGAUGAUUCGAAUGACUCAGGGAAAACGUAUAUGUCUUGUCUGGAUAGUCGUUUGGCCACUAAUGAGAGGCUUCCAUUAGAUGAGGCUUACAGUCUGAUAGGAAAAAUUGAUAUGAGCGCGGAUAUAAAAGACGCCAUCGGGCAGCCAGUGCGACCUUCAAUUCGAGGUCAGCUGCUGCGUUUACUGCAGGAUGGUAAGAAGUGGGAUCUUAAGGUGUAUGUGGGGGAGUUUAAGUUCUAUUGUUUUCUGGGCGUGCUGCAAGCCUAUUCUCCCUACUUUAACCGCCCCAAAAUGGAAGAUACUUAUGUGGUCCGAUUGCCAUCGCAUAGGGUCACCGCGCAGGCUUUUCACAUCAUCUACAAUUGGAUGCUGUACGAUGACGAUGUAGCGUUAAAGCGCAAACGCUACAGCAAUCGCUGCCUGAUGGAGAUCUAUAGUUCGGCCAAAUUUCUAUCCAUAUCGGAGAUAGUCGAUGCCGUUUGGAAUACUCUGGAUGUUAUCAAGAAUGAGAACGAGGCUUUCACACUGCUGCCCGACAUGAACUAUAUGGACUUGACGACCUUUGAGUUUCUCUGCUUCGCACGCAUCAGUCGCUUCUUUUUGACCCUUGUCGCAUCCCAGGAGUUUAUUGAGAUGAACUUAAACUACGUCACCCGCCUGCUUUCAAGUCACAAUGUCGGCGUCAACAGUGAGAUUGAAAUCUUCUAUUCGGCUCUGCGUUGGCUCAGCCACGAUUGGCCUCAACGUCUUUCAAAUGUGCCCCAGCUAAUGAGAUGCGUUCGUUUUGGGCUUCUCUCACCGAUAUUUUUACGUUUUCUCCAAAACAAGCAUAGCACGCGUGUAAUGCAGUACAUCGCCAAUAGUUCAGAAGUGCAGGAGAUGAUCAACAAAGCUUUUGUCUAUGCAUCCGCUGAGCUCUAUUGCAAGGAUCCGCAGCAAAUUUUGCCCUUUCAGCUGCCCGAGUAUGAAGUGCCGGAACAACGGCGUUGGCUCUUUGACGAAAACUGCUCCUAUCAUCAUGACCUCAAGUGUAGUCAACGUCAGUUCAUUACCUAUGAACAGUUCCUCAACUAUCUGAAGAGUCUGCAUGAAACAGGACCUGAUUACUGGCGCAGCUUAGUCUAUAUAGUGGAGCCAAUCCAGUGCUGCACACGGCACACAUCUGAAUGAACCAAACACGUAUUUUUAUAUAUAUACAUAUCUAUAGAUACACAGACCUCCACUGUGUGGCUGGCCAGGCGGAAGUAUGUCGCAAUAUUUGGCCAGUCAAGUCUUUCAAGUUGGAUUUCAUCGCUUUCUAAUAAGACAGCUAAAUGCGA